CCAUGUUCUACAGCAGAGCACAGAGCUGUAUGUUAGCAGCUGGCUACCUUGCUUAUCUCCUGGUGGGUGCUCUCAUCUUCCAGGUUCUGGAAAAAGAUGCCGAGAGACUAAACCAAGGCAUUGCCUUUAGAAUGAAGGAGGACUUUCUGAAGAACUUUACCUCCCUCAGUGCAGUGGAGGUGAACAUCUUUGUGGAGAAUCUGAUGGAAACCAUUAGGAGGGGCAUAUAUCCAGCAGAAAAUGAAUUCUCUGAUGAACACAACAAUUGGGAUUUCAGCAAUUCUUUCUUCUUUGUGGGUUCUAUGUUAUCCACAAUAGGCUACGGAAACCUCUCUCCCAAAACAGCUGGUGGUCAGAUUUUCUGUGUCUUUUUUGCUCUCUUUGGAAUUCCUCUGAAUAUUGUCUUUUUGCAGCAUAUUGGCAAGAUGCUCUCCAUGGUCUGCGAACGGCUAGCUAAAUGGUUGUAUAGGAAAGGUGUAAAGAAGAAAACAGCAAGGGGCUUGACACUUCUGUUCUUCCUGGUUAUGGGAAUACUAGUGUUUCUUUGUGUGCCAUCGGUCAUCAUUCGAAAAAUAGAGGGCUGGUCCUACGGUGAAGCGAUUUAUUUUACAUUUAUUACCCUUAGCACCAUUGGGUUUGGAGAUUAUAUGAUAGGGAGGCAACAUGACAAAUUGUACUUCCCUGGCUAUCGGAGUGUGGUAGCAAUUUGGAUUAUCUUUGGACUUGCUUGGAUAGCACUACUGUUUAAUUUACUGACAACAUUACUGGAAGACCCAAAUGAGAAACCCACUGAGGGUUAUCUUCAGGUCAAGACAGUCAGAAAAAAAAAUAAGAACUCAAAAAAGGAUCCAUCUUCUUCACUGGAAGAUGGUUCAGAGUUACAUUCUAGUAGAGACGGACAAAGAAAUCAGUUAUAAUUGUAGACUGCUAUUUGACUUUUCACUGUUAUUUCAUAUCAUUGCAGUAUUUUGCUGGUUGCUUUGAAAAGUAGCUCACUGAUUUUAAAUUAUAUUUAAAAUGUGAAAUAAACAGCAAGCCUGCAAAAAACUAUUCUGCUUUCCACAGUACAUGUUUAACCUUCAUAAUACUGUAU